UAAUGCCAAAUUUUCCCUUAAUUUUUUUAAUUUUUAUUUUUUCAAUUUUUCACUUUAUUCCAUCAAAAUCCCAAUUAUUAAUCCAUUCAACUCAUCAGCCAAAAUCUCUACUCUCCUCAAAUUCUCGUUUUCGUCAAUGCGCCUGUCCUACACGCCAAUCUUCCCCUUUAAGUGGAAGCAAAGCCAAAGCUGCCCCAAAACAAAAAUUUUUGCCAAAAAUGCUUCAAGGAACUUCCACAGACAUGCUAUUUGAUAAAAAUUUAGUUGACGGAUUUUUAACACCUUUAAACCCAAACAAAGAGGAAAAGAAACGUAAAGGAACUGGGAGAAGUGGAAGAGAAUGGAGACCGAAAAGAGAAGCUAAUAAAAUUGUGGAUUUGGCUUUGGCAGAUCCAGAAAAGAAUAAAUGCAACAGUGAAAGGCUUAGACAGAUAAUUUUAAAGGCAAAAUUAAUUUAUUUAAUCUUUUUCUUUCUCCAAUGGAGAGAUUAGGGAGGUUAAGGAGUUAAAAAUAGGCCAAGUUAAAAAUUAGAUCCAAGAUGAGGACGUGAAGGGCUGUGCGCCAAUAAUUUCUCAUGGCGUUCCAAAAGCUAAACGCCAAUUUUUCGAAUUAUUAAAAUACACCAAAUGUCAGAACGCCAAAAUCGACCAAAAUGACCCAAAACGC